GAGUUUGAUUACUUGUCUGAAAUGCUGAGUGUGAAGUGACCUUAUCGCUGAGCAGCAUCCAGCUGCCUCCCCGCUGGAGAAGAGGGAUGGUUCCUCAGUGCUGUGCUCUAGUAACUGUAGAGGGGCUGUUCCCUCAGCAGAUCCCAGCUCAGUCCGUCCAGAGCAGCGGCCGGGAUGACCGCCGGGGACUAGGCGGCAACGCAACGACGCAUUUUACAGUGAUGGCCUCAGUUGCGCAGCUGUGCCGGUGAUCCUGCCGCUGCACGUUGGGAAGAAGCAGAGACGCCUCGACAACCGACCUACCUUCCUCUCUCAGAAAAAAAAAAGCAGAGAGAGGAAAAAAAAUAUAAUCACACCAGCAUAAACAAAUGCGACCAUGUACAGCGUGGAGGACCUCCUCAUCUCUCAUGGAUACAAGCUGCCCAAGCAUACCACCUCCUCCUCCACGCCUACCCCGACACCGGCAUCCUCAUCCCGCCAGGCUCCCUCGUCCUCACCGCCAUCCUACAGCAAGCACCAUGAAAUCCUGGAGAACAGACCCGGUCCCAGGACAGUGAACGGAUAUGAAAGAGGACCCGGGGCACCCUAUGGGAACGGUGGAGGAACCAGGCCGCCCCAAGCAUACGGCAGUGGCUGUACCAACAACAAUAAUGAACCCAGGGACAGGAGCCAACCCAGGCGAGAGGGUGAGAGCCGGAACCAAAUUGACACUCACUCCUUGGGAGAGUCACUGACCUCAGACAGCGGGUUCUGCGAUGGCACCAGAGGUCCACAGUCGCAGUCAAAGGAUGUGUCCUACUGGAGGAGAAGAGGCCAGGACUUUACUGUACUGCUGGAUUAUGCUGACUUCAGAGAGCCCCAUGGAGGAGGGCAGGGGGGUUACGGAAGACCAGAGGGGCCUCAGCAAGCAAGAGGCCAAGAGAUGUCUGCAGAGGAGCGUCAGAGAGCAGCUCAGGAGAGGCAGCGCUGGGCAGCCCAGGCCCAGGCCCAGGCACAGGCUCAGGCCCAGGUCCAGGCCCAGGCCCAGGCUCAGGCCCGCUCUAGAGAGAGGGAGGCUGCUCUCCAUCAGUGGAGGAUGGCAACUGAGAGGAAGUGCCAGAGUUUGGGUACAGAUGAGUGGCGUCCAGCCGUGAACUUUGCCCGCCAGUUGUCACAGAAUGAGGGUGAGCGUUGGGCACAGGAGCAGCAGCGGCUCCAUGCCAGGACACCAGAGGGCAUGAUAGUCCACCCCAGGACCAAAGCCAAAUCCCAGUCCCUGCCUAGGAUGUUGCAGCCUGAGAGCCUGCAAUAUGUGGAUAUACCCUCAUCCGGUCAAGAACUGUACAGGCGGGUCAAUGGCCACCCAUUGUCACACCAUGACCUUUACAGGGCCCCUCGCUGGCCGGAGAAUGGCAGGCCAGCUAGUGCCAACCAACUCUCAAUGACACCAAAGCCUCGCUUCACCCGACCCCGGCCUCCCUCCUAUGAGAUGCACCAGCAGAUCAGGGGAAGCUGUGAGGUGUUAUCUGGGAGAGACUCAGCUGUUCCCCAGGCCAGGGACAGGACGCCGCUUCCCAUAUCAAGGUCAGGUGACCCACAACUGGACUAUUUUGCACCAGACUCUGGUCCUCCGGGAUACAUCCCUCCCCCAUCAUAUAAAAGAGCACCUAUAAUGGCAGGGGUACGCCGGGGAUAUGGUGAAAUUGCUGUUGACUACAGGUACCGAGGGGACAUGUACCAGCAGAUACAGGUGGCUCCAGAUGGAUCUCACUGGUUCACCAGACAUCCAGCAGGUUCCUGGCCUGAUCCCCAGAGAGAGAGGAGCCUGUCCAGCCAGAAGCAGCUUUACCCUGUGUAUACUACCCAGGAACGCCCCGGUGGAGGGGUCCAAUAUAUCCCCUUUGAUGACCCACGUAUCCGCCAUAUUUCCUCAGCCCUGGGUGGCAACUCCCUGACGGACGCUGACAAGAUCCGCCACAUCCGCAACGAGCUUCCCAGCGUCACCGUGUCGGAGCCUGUGUCCGACGACAGUGCCUUUUUGCCCCCACCACUGGGGCCUUUCAUUGCUGCCAAACUGGCCGAUGAUGCUAACCAGACGUCUUCUAGCGACUUUGACAAUGACAAUAACAGGUGGCACAGCGAUUUGCACAAAGAGACUGUCGAUAACUUCCCAGCAACUGACCAAAACUGCAACAACAGAUAUCCCAAAAACCAACGUCCUCCUCCAUCUCCCUCUUCAACCUUCCAGGCUCCAUUAACAAGAACGUCUUCUCGGCAGGGGUCCAGCUCAGACCAGGUCUUUGCAGAAACCAUCACCCAAGUGAAGAAAAUUGCCCCAGAUUCAGGGCCAGAGAACAACAGGAACACUAAGAGAAGAGUGAGCGAGACCAUCUUCUGCCUUGUGUCUGUCCCUGUUCACACACCUACUAACAUUAACAAAGACUUAGCAGCAGAUCAGAACAACAAUGAGACAAUAGCAAGCCUGACUGUCACUAAUACAGAAACUUUUGCUGUAGGCCUCAGAGAGAGCCCAAAUAUUCGGAGCAAGUCUGUGAAUGAGAUGCCGAUCAAACCCCACUACUCUCACUUUCACACCAGCAGCACAUCCUCAGUGAGGAAUUAUAAGAGGGCUCCUUUAAGGAAGGAGAUCAUAGAUGCAUGGGCACUCCAAGCCAGUGAAGACAAAGAGUUGUGCUAUGCCGGGUCCUGGCCUGGAAACCAGUACCGUAAUCAGGAAACUCAGACUGGCUCACCUUUGACGGUGGUAAAAAGUCCAGAACCCCAGAGUCCUCCUGGGGGACAAGAGCCUGUUCAGUCCGCCUCAGACACCACCACAGACAGUGGUGUGGGGACAGACAGCAGUUCCUCUUAUGGUUACCCCAUGUCAGGCCAGAAAAACCUUCAUCCCUCCAGCAAUAGCGCCUUCUCCCGUCUUAGCCUCAGCUCAACACAACCGCCAUCACUGCAACCCUCACAGCAAGACCCACCCUCCCCCUCCAAGGCCAGUGAUCACGGAGACCAGCAACCAUCCUCUCCCAGGAAGAGCAACUCCUGUCCCCCAGAGAGCGCAGAGCAAGUGGCCUUUGGACAGUUUCUCUUAAAGCCAGUGAACCGACGGCCAUGUGAUGCCAUUGGAGAACUGGAAAGCAUUAAUAAGGAGAUGGAAGACACGAUCAGUAAGAGACCCAAUGUGGGUCAGUACACUGAUCAUCUUGAUGGGGUGAAUGGGAGACUAGACCGAUUUAAAUCAGGAGCACAUUUCACUGUUGGUCCAGAACCAGGCAGGGAAGCAAUCAGUCUUCCACCAAUGCACAUAGAAAAACCUACCAAUAUAAAAGUCAGAUCAAAGUCCUUUGCUUCUACUGCCGAUCUAGAUUCAAUGGACAUAAGGAGUGCUUUCUCUAGGCCACAAGCCAACAACAUGCCACAAACAAAUGAGCUAUCUGUACUCCCCAACCCUGGCCUCAGAGAGAGCUGCCUCCUGUCCUCACUAUCCCCACACAAUGAGUCAAACCGGCUCUAUAGACAGGACAUCCCCGUCCCUCAAGAGUCCUUGCUGAGGGAUGUGGGACUAACAGUAUACACAGAGACUCCUGGUGGUCCCGGGGAGCCAAUGCAGCGCUCACUCUCAGUCCCAUCUCCACUCAGUAAUAAGGAGCUUAGUCAGUCAGUGCAGCUCUCAUGGGAGAGCAGGACAGGACUUGUUAAAAAUAGUGGCAGCCCUGAGCACAAUUCAAAUAAAGAGCUUCAAGCUGAGGAGGACACAGAGAGAAAGGUUACAUCAGACAAUAUUCCACCAUUCAGGGGUGAGGUGAAUUUAAGCAUCUGUAGAACCAGGAGUGAAAGCAGCAGAUCACCUCAGAAAGAAGGUUCACCACAUAUCACAAGGCUGACGAGGGAGGUUUCCUUUGUGUUUGAUGAUGAUGAUGGCAAUGAGCGAUACGCCAUCUCCGAGCCUCUGACCUAUAAGAAUGAGUCAACAAUAGCAGAUAAGCAUCUGGAGAACUUACUGAUUCAGGAAAAAGCCAAUGCUUUACCCGCAGAGGACCUCAGCAACCUGUAUGAAGUCAAAUGCGCAAAAGGUAUUCCUGAAAAUGAGUCCAUCGAGCAGAGGGCAGCACGGAUACUGGGUAUAGCCGUUCCAGUGGAGGCCCUGGGUGUGGCUGACAAACAAUCUGAGGACAACCAGGACGAAACAGACACCACUGUAGCUGAGAAUCAAUUAAGUCCAAGUGAAGAGACACAGCAAGUGAUAGGAGAGUGUGAGCAUGUCAGAGAGGAGGCCCUGAUUGUCCAGGGAGCAGAGACAGAGGAGAUGAAGGAGACAGGAUUAGGUGUAGACCAAGAAGAAGGUGACAGACUAAAGCACAGCAGCCACUGCAGUGAUGGUGAACACAACCAGGAUACUGAGGCUCAGUCAGCCGUAGUACUGGACCUGCCUGAGUUCCCACCCAGCAAGCUUCCCCUAUCCCUGCCUGUCACUCCUGAUGAGAAACUAGCACUGAGCACGUGCAGCGGGGAGAAGAAGGGUCGAGGCGGAGCGUGCAAACUAAUCGAAUCCCUGCAAGAUAAGCUAAACUCUUCCGCUUCUUCAUCUGCUACAUCUCUGGGCAGAUCAACCACAGACAGAAUGGCACGCCUGAAAGAGCUGGACUCAGUGUCUCGAAUAAGACGCCUCAGUCUCAAAGGUUCUGCGUCUGGAGGAGAAGUUGGUUCUGAGGAGAGAAAUGGAGAUGGAGAGGAGAGUGAGGUUAAAGAAGAGGCAAAAGAGGAAGUUGAGGAGAAGCAGGAAGAAGAGGACAAGAAACUGGAGGAAGAAGGAAGGGAGGAGGAGGAGGAGGAAAAUGCAGAUGACAAGGUGGAAGAUCCUGAAGAAGACUGUAAAUCUGAAGAGGAAGUGUAUGAUGAGAUAUGUAAGGAAAAGCAAAGACAAGAGGAGGAGGAAGGAGAGAUUAAUGUUGAGACUGCACUGAAAGUAGACAAUGAAGGAAGUAAACAAGUAGAUGUCAAAUUAGAAGAGUCAGAAGGAGAGGUGGAGCUGAAAAUUGUGGAGGAUAACAAAGAAAAGCCUUUGGAGGAACUGAGAGAUGGAGAGAAUGCAGAAGAGGUUAGCAGAGCUGAAUCGACACAAGAUGCUGAAGCAGAGAAGUUGCCCAAACCAAAGCAGCGCACCAGGCUCCAGAAGCCUCCUCUGCUCCCUAAACCUCGCAGUGUUCCUAAGAGAGAAAUAACGCUGCCACUCAGCUUCAGCUCUGGGACCUGUGGCCCCGCAAAUAUGGAGGAUGAGGAGAUGCUCUCUGUCUCAGACUCCUACGACCCCAGUCGGGUGGAGAGAGUGUAACCUCUGACACUGCCUUCACCACUGUGGAAAUCUGUCUUUCUCAAGUUAACAGCUUUUUCCAACAACAAAGGCUUUCAUCUCACCUCACAGCUUAGCCAGCCGUGACCCCUCCAAUAUUGUUACACAUUACUUCUCACAGAACUGACUGUCCUGGUGCUGCGAGAGCAUUUUUACAGCCAAAUAAAGGCACCGCUGGUGCCAAUUCUCCAGGCCUUUUCAACCUUGUCAUCCUCAUCCUUCCAUUCUCUCCACCUCUUAAAAAGUUUAUUUGCUCAAGCAAGCGGACUCCCUCUUUUUGAAGUUGUCUUAUUUUGCUUUUGGAAAAAUGCAUGUCAUUAUUCCCAGUCUGCACUUGGGCUCCCUUGCGAGCUUGGGUGUUGAAAUAUGAAUGUAAAAGUGCUUCUGCUCAGCAAACAUAAGAAAUGUAACAGAAAAAAUACAAGAAGGCAACAGUAUUGCAUUACAAUCAGUAUUAACCUACACCAAAUGUAAAUAAGAAAGAGUUAUAAGAUUUUAUUAAGAAUAUAAAAAAUCAAUUUAAGACAUUUAAUUGCUGAAGAAAUGUAUAUUUUCUUAUCUGUGUUAAGAAAAGACUAGAUUUUUGGAAGUGUAGUCUUUGGGUGUAUUACCAAUAAUGAAACCCCCUGCUCUUUAUUCUUAUACUUGUGAGAUAGAGAAUGUACUCAGAGAGCCGGGAUUGCAAUGAGAAACACUGUGGUCCUUGAAUAGUUUCACUCAAGAGCAAUAUAGUCGUCGUAUACGGGCGUUUGUGUCAUGAUUUGAGUAGUAAGUUUCCAUUUCACAGAGUUGAUCUCAUUUAAAUGUUUAAGGCUCUACCUUUUGGUACAAGCGUUAGAUUUGCACUGCUGAGAUUAUUGGCUUUACACUCGGAGGGAUUCACGUUCGCACCCUCCCUGCCCGCCGGUGCCAUCAGUCUCAGCAUCAGCAAUCGCAACAUGUAUCAGAAAUGUCUGAUUUAAGUGUUUUUUUCUGUUAACCCUCAUACUGUUCAAAAGGAGAAUCUAUAUUUUGUGGCAUUAACAGAAGUCUAUAUUUAACCUUUGUUCAUAUCUCAGUUUCUGUGUGAUUUCAGAAGUGCUUUUUGCAGGAAAUGAUAGAUGUAGCUAUACUGAUCGCAGUGUGCCUUGUACACACUGUUUCUGGAGAACUUCAUCUGUGUGUGACACAUCCAAUGUUGUUGUUUUACAAAUCCUAAUUUAAACUGGACAUUAACAAAAGAAAUAUUUGAAGUUGUUUUGGCAAUAAUGAAAAAAUAUUAAGCUGAAGAUGCUUAAUAUUUGCUGUACAGAACAUAGCUGUUGGAAUACUAAUCACAGUAUCUGAACAUGUUCAGUAAUUUAAUGUUAACACAUCAGUGCUUUAUAAGUUGUGUGGCAUAACUGGCAAUUGGUUUACACUCACUUCACUUAUGGGGUAGCAAUACAAUAAAUUAAAAACAUACCAAACCAAACUUUAUGCUAUGCAUUGGACAUCAACAUUCACUGGGUUUAAUACCAAAAUUCAAAGCUAAAACUGCAACUUCUGGUUUGCUUGUUUGACCCUGUCACUCUUUGAUCCAGCUGUAUUUGAUGUUGAACCUGUCGGACGUGGUUGUGGACUUGCAUGGAAGUGGCUCUGACUCGAGUUCAUCAGUGGAAGCUCAGUCUGAGGUUUUGUCUUUGUCCUGUUAUCAACCCAGUACCCAUACCUCUGUGUUCCAGGUAAUGUGUUAUCUGGUCAUUAUCGUAGGUCUUUUUGUACUGCAACUUCUUGGUAACAUAAUAUAGACUAUUGGUGCACAUCUUGCUUUGAUAUUUUCUAUUUUCAUACAGACGUAUGUACAGCUUCUUUUGUAUGAGCAGCAUCUUUUUUUCUCUUUUUUUGUGCAUGAAACGUGUCAGAAGUCACAGAGAGAAGGUGUAUUUGCAUAUAGUUGCAUUUGGUACUAUAUAGUCUAUCCAAUAAACAAGUGUUAUAUUUCAUAUAAUGUAUAUUUUAUUUUCAAAAGUUAAGCUACGUAUUUAAACAGAACAAGGUAUUUUUAGAUUAUUGUGAAAAGGGAACUGUUUUUGAAGGCACAAUAUUUGUCUAUAUUUGCUAUGAUCAUUAAAAAUGGUCAUAGAUAGAGACAAGUGUGUGCUGUUGUACAGUGCUGCAGACUAUUCAUAAAUAAAAGUCUUUGCAUGAAA